AUGGACAAUACCAGCUGGACUCGUGUAUCCCAUUUUGUUCUCAUGGGCAUGUCUACCCAACCAGAAGAACAGAUCCCACUCUUCAUACUUUUUCUUCUCAUGUACACAAUCAAUAUUUCUGGUAACUUUGCCAUCACCACACUGAUUAUCUCUACUCCACGCCUCCACACUCCCAUGUACAUCUUCCUCAGUAACCUGGCCUUGGUUGACAUCUGUUUCACAUCCACCACAGUCCCCAAGAUGCUGCAGAAUAUUUUCUCCUCUACGAAGACAAUUUCCUACAUGGGAUGCUUAGCCCAGACUUACUUUUUCAUUUGCUUUGCAGCCAUGGAAAACUUCCUCCUGGCUGUAAUGGCCUAUGACAGAUACAUUGCCAUCUGCCAUCCUUUUCGCUAUCCUCUGAUCCUAACCAGAAUGCUCUGUCUGCAGAUGAUGGCUAUGUGCCAUGUCCUCUCCCAUCUUCAUGCCCUGCUGCACACCUCGCUCAUGGGCCGGCUGAUCUUCUGUGCAGAUAACAGGAUCCCCCAUUUUUUCUGUGACCUCUACCCUCUGAUGAAGAUUUCCUGCUCCAGCACCCACCUCAACACUCUGGUGAUUCACACAGAGGGUGUUAUUGUCAUCAAUGGAGCUCUGGCCUUCAUCAUGAUUUCCUAUGCUUGCAUCAUCUCAGUGGUCUUCCACAGUCCCUCAGCCAAGGGCAAAUGGAAAGCAUUUUCUACCUGUGGUUCCCACCUCACCGUGGUGUCCAUAUUCUAUGGAACCCUCACAUGGGUCUACUUCUGGCCCCUUACUAGUUAUUCAGUGACCAGGGGUCGCAUCUUGACAGUCAUGUACACUGUAGUGACUCCCAUGCUGAACCCUUUCAUUUAUAGUCUGAGGAAUGAAGAUAUCAAGGGAGCCUUCAGAAAACGGAUGAGAAGAAUUUGUACUUCAUUCUUUAAAUAG